AUGGAUUCAGAAACACCAUCCACACCUCAGCACAGCACCUCCAACACCGGCAGCCGUAGCGAAAAGAGCUCCGUCGGCACCUGCAAGGACGCCACUCCCACUAGCAGCACUCGUACUGAUCUGCCUCUUGGGCCUUGCGAUGACAACAUCCCGCUCAACGAGAAUGUCUCCCUCGACAACAAAUUCUCCAGCUCUCCACUCAUUCCAUACAACCUCAUGACCUCCGACAACCUCUCUGACACCGAUUCCGACACCCCAACACAAGCCCUCUCCGAAGAAAGCGAUAUAGACCAAGUCCUCUCGGAGGACAGCGAUACAGACAACGACCCCGACAUCGGACAAGACUGGUUCCGCGAGACAUCAUCUACGCCGCCACCCACUACACCCCACGCAAAGAAAACCGGCACCGAGAUUUUCAUCAACAAACAUGACAAGUGGGCCAAGUGGCGGUGUUGGAAAUUGAGGAAGGAUUUGAGUGAUGCCGCUGUCAACCCAUCAAGUUACGACAUCUCAUCGUCGCCGUUCUCGACCCCAUGCAAGCGCAAAAUGGCAGGAAGGGAUGAGUGUGGUUUGAAGGAGGUUGCUGAGAUUCAGGAUUCGGGGUAUGAGGGAAGUAGUAAGAAGAAGAAGAAGAUGAAGAAGACUGCUGCUGCUGCGGCGUAA